AAUUUCCCUUUUUUCUUUUCGGUAAAAUAUACAGGCAUUGAAUUUCGAAAUUUCACGGUGCUUAGUCAUGCAUUUUUCGACAUUUGAAUUUCACAAAGUUCAUUUUCAGAGGCUACAGUAUCAUUGAGGCAUCACCUCCCAACCAGGUGACCCCGUCCUUCGUGGAGGGGAUGGGAGGGAACUGUCUUGGACGAUACUCCCCUCCAUCAAGACACCCGGAACCUGCCUCCCCGUCUUUACACCUCCCUAUUGCCUCCCACGCCCGGACCCGAUCCAUCCAUUCGUCCUCUCCUCUCAUCACCCAGCCCUUGCCUCUCAACCCAUUCCUCGAUGUCACGCUUAAUCUUCGAUGCCUGAGUUACCUCCUUCCUUCCCUGACCUCUCCCCCGCUGGCCUCUCCUCAGCAGCAUGCUCCUCUGCCCCUGUUUCCACCCUCUCCUCACGCCUCCGCAACCUCCCCGAGUCCCACAAGGACCUGAUCUCUUGCCGGAGGAGGCCGAGCUUGACGGGCUUGGUGAUGAACCCGUCGGCCCCAGCCUGGGCGCACUCCUGCUUUUCUCGGUCCAAAACCAAGGCGGAGACCACGACGAUGGGCAUGGCAGCUAGGAGGGGGUCGGCAUGCUUCCUCAGGGUCUUUAGAACGUCGAUACCGUGCAUAUCUGGCAGUUGCAAAUCCAAGAGGAUCAGGUCGAACGAGGGGUCGAUCGAGGACAAGGCUGCCGUGCCCGUCUCCACAAAUACGACACGAUGUCCAUCCUGCUGGAGCAUGCCCCCCAGCACGAUUUGGUUGACCAGGAUAUCUUCCACGGAAAGGAUCUUCAGGUCUCGCACCGGCGGAGGGUCGUCCGCUCUCCCUCCCCCUCCCCCUCCC